GCGCCACAGCGGAUUGGUGGGCGGUGGGAGUGAUGCUCUUUGAGCUGCUCUGCGGUGUGCCCCCCUUCAACGCUCCCUCCCCUGAGAUCAUAUUUGACAACAUUCUGAACCGGGACAUCCCAUGGCCGGAGGUGCCCGAGGAGAUGUCCUACCAGGCCAUGGACCUCAUUGAUAAGCUGCUGCAUCCGGAACCGUCGUUGCGGCUAGGAGUGAGGGGAGCAGAGGAGGUGAAGGCACACCCUUUUUUUGACGGCAUCCGCUGGGAGACCCUCGCGCAGGAGCAGGCGGUGUUUGUGCCGAGCCCAGACAACCCACACGACACGGGGUACUUUUUGACGCGAGGGUGGCAGCAGGAGCCGGGCGGCAUGGACGGGGGGAACAUGGCGAUGGGCAUGGGCGAGAGCGAGAGCGCCAGCAGCGACGCCUGCAGCAGCACGUCUGCUGAUGACUUUUACCAGGGCGAGCAGGGGGACGAGCCCGGGGACAUGAGGAACUUUUCAGACAAUGUCGCCGCUGCCUUCACCAACUUCUCCUUCAAGGUCCGUGCUCAUGCUCCUGCUGCUGAUGCUGAUGCUGUCAAUCCUCAGAUCCUACGGCUCAGGAUGAUGCUCAUGUUGAUGCUGAUCCUCCAGCUGCUGCUGCCUGCUUGUGAUAGCAUGUGCACCCGUGUCUCGCUUCCCGCCCACCCCUCCCCUUCCUCCCCGCACUCACCCCCUCUCCCUUCGAAGCCCUGCGCGCUCAAGGCGCUCGAGCUCCGCCUUGUUUCCGCCAAAGCAGUCUGCCCUCCCCUCUCCGCCUUCCCCUCGCUGCUCUCACUCACACUUUACCGCCUAGACGGCCUUCCAGUGCAGAUCUCUUCCCUCUCGCUCUGCUCCUCCCUCACCUCCCUCUCCCUCUGGCACCUUACCGACCCGCUUCUCUCCUCCCUCUCCGCCUCCUCCCCCUCUCUCCCCGCCCUCCAAUCCUUCACCCUCACAUCAGCAUCAGUCAGAACUUCCCUCGGAUCCCUCGGUGCUUUCCCCCUCCUCUCCUCCCUCGCUCUCUGCUCAUGCUCGCAAAUCGGCCCCCCAGAAAUGCACUCUCUCUCGCGCUCCCUCCACACGCUCACCCACCUGACCAUACAAGACUGUCCCAUGAUUCCCUCCUCUGCGCUGGCCGCUUUAACCGCUGCUAAUUCAUCUCUCGCGUCUCUCUCCCUCCGGGGCAGCUUGCGUCUCUUCAUGCCUGGAGGGGUCGAAACGGCCCAUAAAUCCGUCGCCGGCGCUUUAGAAUCGCUGACGCUUAGCGGUGUGCCGAUGCUGAGCCGGGGCAUGCUUGAGGGGUGUACGCAAUUGAAGGCGCUGCGGCUGGAAUAUGGAAAAGGGUCCGUGCUUGAUGUUGCUGCAAUUGAGGCGGCUGUCCCUGCACGCGUGCACGGGGCUCGAAGAGAGUGA